CCUGCCCAGGUGGAGUGCGAGCGACGGGGGAGCUCGGAGCUGACCGAAUCCAGCCCAGAGGGGCAGCAGGAUGCGCUACGAGCUCUGCAGGCCUCCCAUGAGCAGGAGAAGGAAGCCCUCGCCCGGGCCCACCAGGAGGCCAUAAAGGCUCUGCAGGAGAAGGUGGACAGCCUGACCGCACAGCUGGAGGCUGCCCAGGCCCAGAUGAGGCGCGCGGAGGAGUCCGUCUUGAGCCGAGACUAUAAACAGCACUUCCAGGACCACGGCGGCCUCAGCGAGUUCUGGGAGCGGGAGCUCGAGAGUUUGCACUUUGUCAUCGAGAUGAGGAACGAGCGUGUGCAUGAGCUGGACAGGAGGCUGGCGCUCAUGGAGGCGGUGAGAGAGAAGAGCCUGGCCCUGGACGAGAAACUCAGCUCCCUGCAGCAGGAGAAUGAGGACCUGUACGCGCGCUUCCGCCAGCAGACGGCCGUCUCUCGGCAGCUGUCGGAGGACCUGCUGGCCGCCCGCCAGGCCCUGGAGCAGGAGCGGCGGCUGCGGCAGGAACUGCAGCAGGAGAAGGAGGAGCUGCUCUUCAGAGUUCUGGGCGGCCAGGCCGGGCCGUCCUUCCCCCGGGCCCCCGUCACCCCCACCCCCACACAGGUCUCCUUCCUGGCCACCUAGGCCAGCUCAGCAGCUGGACACAUG